GUUUACAGGCCCUAUUGCUCAAACAAUUGCAAGGUUUCAGUGAUAGAAUGUUGGACUAUCAGUUUAACGACGAUAUAUCUUUUGCUGUUAUUACUGUACCCAGCAUGGCUGCAAGUUAUGGAAAAAAGAAUGGGAUCUGGUAUGCAUCACCUGGAGGACAGGGCUGGAGCAAAGCUACUAGUAGAAAAGCCUCAAUAGUAGAAACAGAAGUGCCACCACCGGGUGGUGGUUCAAUUAAACCUUCUUCUGGAAGAGUUAUUAGGAUUAUCAAUAAUAUGGAUCAUACUGUACAAUGCAGGGUAUUGCUAAAUCUGCGUACUUCCCAACCUUUCGAAGAAGUCCUGGAGGAUCUAGGGCAAGUUCUGAAAAUGAACGGAGCAAAACGCAUGUAUACAGUUUCUGGUCAAGAAGUUAGAAGCUUUUCCCAACUCAGAAAUGAAUUCGCUGACGUAGACACAUUUUAUUUGGGAAUGGGUCCUGUGGGAGCAAUUUCCAAUCCAAGCGUUAUGUUAUCGCCUGUCAGAAGAGGGCGGUCCAGAGGUCCACAAACUGCCAUUGUAGAAGAUUUGAGUAAACAACGAAGGGCCAGAAGUAAAAGCAGACCCAGAGCAUUAUAUGCGCCUGAAAGUGAGAUUGUUAGAACCAAUGAUUACACAUUACUAGAAGUUUUAAAAGAAGAGCCAGUUAGAGUAACUAUCAAAGGCUUGAGAAGAACAUUUUAUCCGCCGGUACAUCAUGCUCCCAUGGAUAAUACAAUUCCAGAUAAAAAAGCAAUACUGGAAUGGGUUUAUGGUUAUAGAGGAAUAGAUUCGAAAAGAAAUCUCUGGGUGCUUCCAACAGGGGAGCUGUUGUACUUUGUUGCAGCAGUUGCAGUCAUGUUUGAUCGAGAUGAGGAGACUCAAAGACAUUAUACUGGGCAUACCGAGGAUAUUCAAUGUAUGGAUCUUCACCCGUCCAGAGAAAUGGUUGCUUCAGGUCAAAAAGCAGGCAGAAAUCGAAAAACUCAGGCGCAUAUUCGCAUAUGGAGUACGGAAACAUUGCAAACAUUAUACGUUUUUGGUAUGGGUGAAUUCGAUGUUGGUGUAGCUGCUGUUGCUUUUUCUCAUUUGAAUGGUGGUAGUUACGUACUUGGUGUCGACGCAGGCCGAGAAAGUAUUUUGUCAGUGUGGCAAUGGCAAUGGGGACAUUUAUUAGGAAAAGUUGCUACGCUUCAAGAAGAACUUACCGGAGCAGUUUUUCAUCCCUUAGACGACAAUUUAAUGAUUACUCACGGGAAGGGGCAUUUGACAUUUUGGAACAGACGAAAGGAUGGAUUUUUUGAACGAACUGAUAUUAUAAAACCUCCCUCUCGUACCCUGAUAACUUCCCUUCAAUUCGAACAAGAUGGCGAUGUUAUUACAGGGGAUAGUGACGGGUUUAUUACAAUUUACAGUGUUGAUGCAGAUGGAGCCUAUUUUGUUAGAAUGGAAUAUGAAGCUCAUAAUAAAGGAGUAGGAGCCUUAGUAAUGUUAUCUGAAGGGACUUUAUUGUCUGGUGGUGAAAAGGAUAGAAGAAUAGCUGCGUGGGAUUCUUUGCAGAAUUAUAAGAAAAUAACUGAUGCAAAGUUGCCCGAUGUUUUUGGCGGGGUAAGGUCAGUAUAUCCUCAAAGACCUGGAAGAAAUGAUGGAAAUAUUUAUGUGGGAACCACCAAAAAUAAUAUUUUGGAAGGGUCUUUGCAAAGACGAUUUAAUCAGGUUGUAUUUGGUCAUGGACGACAGCUUUGGGGACUAGCAGUACAUCCCGACGAUGAAAUAUUUGCCACUGCAGGUCACGAUAAAAACAUUGCGCUUUGGAGAAAAAAUAAGCUUAUAUGGACUACUCAGGUAUCUUUUGAAUGUGUUUCAUUAGCAUUCCACCCGUUCGGGGUUGCUUUGGCCGCAGGAAGCACUGAAGGGCACUUACUUAUAUUGAAUUCUGAAUCGGGACAAAUUGUGAAUACUAUUAGGGUCUGUGGGUCACCUCUUAAUUGCGUUGGAUUUAAUCCAAGUGGUGAUUCGAUAGCGAUUGCGUCUCAAAAUGGCAGUAUUUACUUGUUUAGAGUAAGCAGAGAUGGAUUUACUUAUAAAAAAUCAAAUAAAAUAAGAGGAUCGCAGCCUUUAAUGCAACUAGAUUGGAGUUCUGACAGUAACUAUUUACAAACUGUAACAGCCGAUUACGAUUUAUCAUUCUGGGAUAUCAAAACACUAUCACCCGAAAAAAGUCCAAUAGCAAUGAAAGACGUCAAAUGGUAUACCUAUAAUUCAACAGUAGGUUUUAUGGUUGCUGGUAUAUGGAACAACAGAUUUUAUCCAAUGACGUCGCUUAUAAGCACCGUUUCCAGGUCAGCGGCUCAUGAUUUAAUUAUUACCGGAGAUACUGAUGGAUACUUGCGACUGUUUAGGUUUCCCUGUUUGAGUCCCAAAGCAGAAUACAAUGAAGAAAAAGUUUAUAGUGGGACUGUUGCUUGUGCCAGAUUUUUAUUUAAUGAUAGAAAUCUUGUUACUGUGGGAGGUACUGAUGCUGCUUUAAUGUUAUGGCAGUUAACAGAGGAAUAGCAUACAGCUCCUACAUAUUCACCGGUCAUUCAUGAUAGAAGAUGGAAAAAUUACGCCAGAAAUUCUGACGAGGAGACAAGCGAUGAAGAAUCUGAUAUUGAAAGUGCGACUUUUGAAGUUUUAAAUUUGCACUAUUGAAAAUUUUGUCAAAUUAUUAGUUCAUGGCAUCAUGUCACUGCCAAUAAUAAUUGCCGUAAAAUUGAAUUUUAUCCUAAAUUAGAGGUAAAUAAAAAUAAUGAACACUUAGUGAUAAUUUUGUUUGGUCAAAUUAGAGUAAUUUUAUUACACUUUUCUUUAAAAUGUUCCUAGUUAUUGAAAAAUGCAGUAGCAGAAGGAAUUUUUAAAUGAACUAAAUGAAAUAUUGACAUUGCAUUUAUUCAAUAUUGCCUGUUGUUAUGGGGCAUCAGCGUUAAGAUGGAAAGUAGAUAUAGCACAAAAUAAUCUCUAAUGACCAAGCGUUUUCGCAUUUUACAUUUUAAUUCGCAUUUAUUGUACAAAAAUCACGUCGGUUUUUUUCAAAUCCAUGUCAGGGCGCUCAUAAUAGUUUAUUGGGAUGUUUUUGCAUCAAAAAGAUGUGUUUUUCUAGAUAUUCCUUCAAUAAAAUAUGAUGAAGCGCCUUUAAAAAUCAUAUUGUGGUUUAACUUCCUUUUUUACAAUGUGCCUUUUAAAGGAACAAGGUAUCUUCCAUAAUGCGCAUCAAAAAAUGUGUAAAUUUUUUAAAAAUGAAAAAAAUAAAAUAGUUGAAAUAUA